AUGGAGAAUGAGGAGGAGGAGGAUAAGAAAGAACAAGAGGAAAAGACGGGGAGAGAGGCGGAGUGCGACGAGGCUCAAGGUCACAAGCAAGACCCGAGUCGAGUAGCGGAGGCCGACGGCAGAGGAGAACAGGACGACGAUGACGAAGAUGCCGAUGUGGCGAGGGCAGUCGGUGGCGGAGAGUUGGUGCGACCGACGGUGGAUGGCAGGUUCCUGCGAUUCCUGCACAGGUGCCUGCAAGUGCACUCGAGCCCCGCCGACGCCGACUGGGAUGAGCUGAAGGAGUCGGGCGCCGCGUUGUCUCUGGACGACUGCUUCGCCCAGUUGCGUCUGCUGAGCAGCGAGGGUCUACUGGAUGGCUUGGUGUCCUAUGCGGCCCACCAGAAUCUCCUGGACUCGUGUGCGGCUGUGAGUCCCAACAAGGCCCUGCCCGAGCGAAGUAGCAGGAAAGCGAAUCGAUCCUCAGCCACGGCUAGCAAUGGGGAGCCGAGCAGACGAUUGAGACCCACGACGGCACACGCUCUGCCCAUCCACGCCCCCGCCGCAUCCACCGUGUCCAGGCAGGACAUUGUACUCAAUGUGGUGGACGACGCGAAGCAGGCAACGAAGCAGUACAAGAUUCCUGUGUCUUCGCUGCUCCGGCACAUGGGCUACUUCUCAAACCUCUCUUCGAGUCUGUAUCUUGACAAUGUUGUUGUUGCUGAGAAUUAA